CAAAAAGACGUUCGGGGGGCCAUAUCUGAAAUGCCUUCCACCCGAUCAGGCAGCCGCUGUGAUGGAAGAAAUUCACGAAGGUAUCUGCUCCAGCCAUCAGGGGCCAAAAACCCUGGCUAGGAAAAUCAUCCUGCAGGGUUACUAUUGGCCAACUAUUCAGCAGGACUGUUUUGGGCACACAAAGAAGUGCAAAAUAUGUCAGCUCUACGCACCAGUACCUGGGCGGCCUGCGACCUUUUACACUCCAAUGACCAUAUCAUUACCGUUCGCUAGAUGGGGGAUCGACUUGCUAGGGCCCCUACCUACUGCGACCGGAGGAAGGAAGUACAUCAUAGUAGGGAUUGACUACUUCACCAAAUGGGUGGAAGCCGAACCCCUGGCCAGUAUCACGGAGUUUCAAUGUCAACGUUUUGUUUGGCAAAAUAUUAUAUGCAGAUUCGGGCUCCCCGAGCAGGUCAUCACGGAUAAUGGACGGCAGUUUGUGAGCAAGAACUUCGAGGAAUUCCUCGCUAGAUGGGGAGUCAAGCAUUCAAGAGCUUCCGUAGCAUAUCCGCAGGCGAACGGGCAGGUGGAGAACAUGAACAGAACCAUCAUGGAUGGUAUAAAAAAGAAACUCGAAGAUUACGCGUCAACCUGGCCCGAACAGUUAAACUACGUCUUGUGGACAUACAGAACAACUCCCCGAACAGCAACAGGAGAAACACCGUUCGCCCUCGCCUAUGGAUUUCAGGCUAAGGUCCCAACUGAGGUCUUGGUGCCCACUCACAGAACCAUCCACUAUGAUCCUGAGCAGAAUGAGGACAAUCUGCGUGCUGAACUCCACUUCAUAGAAGAAAGAAGGGAUCUCUCGGCUUUACGAAUGGAGGAAUAUCACCGGGCGACUAAGAGGUAUGUGGAUAAACAGGCUAAAAUCCGUUCGAUCGAAGUCGGAGACCUUGUCUUGAGGAAUAGAGAAAAAAGCAAACCGCUAGAGGGCGGGAAGAUGUCAAAGAAUUGGGAGGGACCAUACCGGGUCUGGAAAAAAUACCGGAUAGGGACUUUUUUCCUACAGGAUACCGAAGGCUGUCCGGCAGGGAUAUGGAACGCUACGCACUUGCGGAAAUUUUAUCAAUAAAAAACGGCUGUUGCCACCUCUAGAAAAAAAAAAAAAAAAAAAAAAAAAAAAAAAAAAAAAAAAAAAAAAAAAAAAGAGAGAGGGAGAACAAUGCUUCCACAGAGGCCAGGGUUAAGAGGAAUAUUGCAAGCCGAACGGCAUUAACAUGCCGAACGGCAUCACCACAAACUCGGCCAAAAGUCUCACCUUGAUCUAUAGAUAUCAUUUAUCUCGAUCCAUGGGGAGCCAUCAUCUCAGCACAAAAAAAAAAAAAAAAAAAAAAAAAAAAAAAAAAAAAAAAAUAUACAAUGUGCAGGAUACCAAGCCCGGACUCGGCUUGGGGGAUGGUGUAAAAGAUCUUGAGUAGGACGAACCGGGCGGCAUCCGAAGUCAUAGGGUGACCGAGCGGGGGAUCGGGACUCUGGUCUUAAAAUCUUGCCUUAGGCAUACAGCUCGCCUGAACUUUAUGAUGGUGGAA